AUGGAAUCGUUUGAAUUGAACUUUCAAACGACAGAGGAAAGGAAAGUUGAAGAAGAACUGCGUCAUGCUCGAUAUGAAGCCGGAGAAGAACUAGAUUCUUCAAAACUCGCCAAGGUUGGCCCUCAGGAUUGAUUUUCGAAUUUCUUUUUUUAAAAUUUCAGUUGCGCAAGCAGCGUAAAAAUGACAUACCCGACGUAAAGACGAUCGAAGGAGAGAGCUUUCAUACCGUCUCAGAAACUUCUCAAUCGGAGUUAUUUUAUUUUUUAUAAACUUUUCAAAAAUAUUAAUAGUUAAGAUGGCUUGAUGAGCUCGGCAAGAAUGACGACGGCUGUUACUGGAAAAACCUCUUUAAGUCUUUGUCGCAUUACAAAGUGGGUUCACCAUAGCUUCAAAUCGGAAUUAUUCAAGUUUAGUAUCAAAUAAUGAUCAUCGCGUUGCUCGCCGGAUCAGUUACUUUCAUAGCAACAAGAAGACGUAGUCUCACUUCACGCAAAUGA